AUGUUCUUGAUCNGACAGCAGCUCCUGCAAGAAUCAUGCUGCCGCCAGAGAAUCGGCCUCAAACUCUUCCGCCGACUGCAACAACUCCACUCGAGGCCGCGCCACCAAUCGCUAAUUGCGCCGCCGUCGGUUGAAGCUCUCGAACUGGACUAUUCUCGACUCACUGCGUUUCUUGAAGCCGAUCGCUCGUUUUUCUCGCCGUGGAAUUGGAGCCCAAAUUACGCACCACUACAAGAUCAUCGUGCCGAUACUUUCACCAAUUUUGCAGGAGGAAACCAGCGCAUGAUGUUUUUGUUAGGCUCAUUCUUCAGCGACGAUGAUCAUCAGGAAUUGAAGAACACCAGGCGCCGAGAAGGCGCGAUCCAAAAUCCGGAUUCCAGUACUGAUUUCGAGUCUCUCACUACCAUUGUGCCCUAA